AUGGCACCGUCUAGUGUUGAACUUAUUUUAAAUGGAGAAAAAGUACCUGAAGAUCGUGUCAAGAAAGAAGUUAAAGACAAAAAAAUUAAAUUCACAUUGGAUAACAUGAAACUAGAUGAAUCUGGUGACUAUACCGUGAAAGUCAAUGAUGAAGUUGAAAGCAAACCUGUUGCAAUAAAAGUUAAUGCUGAUAUUCCCAAAUUUGUGAAGAAUCUUACUAUCAACAAGAAACAAUUCGAUCUUGGAGAAACACUUAACUUCGAAUGUACUCUCAACAAACCAUUCACUGAAGUUGUUUGGUUCAAAGAUGGUCAACCAAUUGAAGAAGAUGAACAUAUUUCAUUUUCUGCUGAUGGACCUAAACUUAAACUAACUAUCAAAGAUGCACAGCCCAGUGAUCACACUGGUACUUAUUCAGUUCAAGUUAAGAAUGUUGAAAGUGAUAAAGUUCCUGUUACCGUCACUAAGAAAUUACCAAAAUUCGUCAAAGAUCUUAAAGCAAAUAAGACACCGUUAACCGAAGGUGAACAACUUGUUCUGGAUUGUGAACUUGAUAUGGCACCAUCUAAAGUUGAACUUAUAUUAAAUGGAGAAAAAGUUCCUGAUGAUCGAAUAAAACCUGAAAUUAAAGAUAAAAAGAUAAAAUUUACAUUGGAUAAUAUUCAACUGAACGAAUCAGGUGAUUUUACAGUUAAAGUUAAUGAUGAAGUUGAAAGUAAACCAGUAUCAAUCAAAGUUAAUGCUGAUAUUCCAAAAUUUGUUAAAAAUUUAACUAUUAAUAAAAAGAAAUUUGAUAUUGGAGAAACAUUGAAUUUUGAAUGUACAUUAAACAAACCUUUCGAUCAAAUUGUUUGGCUUAAAGACAAUGAACCAAUUGAAGAAGAUGCACAUAUUCAAUUCUUUGUUGAUGGUCCAAAAUUAAAAAUGACAAUAAAAGAUGCACAACCAUCUGAUCAUACUGGUACUUAUUCCGUUCGAGUAAAAGAUGUUGAAAGUGAUAGAAUUCCUGUUGUUGUUGAAGAAAAACCAUUAACAUUUGUUAAAGAUCUUACAGCAAAGAAAACAACGUUAAAUGAAAAUGAAACAUUAGAAUUAUCUUGUCAAUUAAGUCGACCAUUAAAACCGGAUGAAACAAUUCAAUGGUAUCGUAGUGAAAUAGAAAUUCCUAUUGAACAAGAAUAUCCAACUGAACAAAUUAAUUUACAAAUUUCAAAUGUUGAAACAACAAUGUCUGGUGAUUAUUAUUUAAUAAUAUCUAGUCCUGAUGAGAAAAAACCAUUAAAAAGUUCAACAGUUAAAAUAACAAUUAAACCAGAAGAAAUUAAAUUUCUUAAACCACUUCGUGCAUUAAAAAAUCCAUUAAAUGAAGAUGAAACAUUAAUACUUGAAUGUGAAUUAGAUAAGCCAACUUAUAAAAAUGUGAAAUUUUCUCUUAAUGAUAAACCAUUAGAUGAAAAUGAAGAUGAUCGUAUAAAAAUAACUCAAACAGGUAAUAAAUGGCAAAUACAAAUUACACAUGUUAAACAAGAAAUUGAUGAAGGUGAUUAUACAGUUACAAUUAAUGAUAAACUUACUUCACCAAAAGUUAAAGUAACAAUUAUCAAACCGCUUACAUUCAUUCAAGAUUUAACUGUAUCAAAUUCUGAACCAAUUGUUGAUGAAACAAUAAUAUUUCAAUGUGAAUUAUCUCGUCCAUUACCAACAGGUGAUAGUAAAGAUCUUUUAUUCACGCUCAAUGGAAAAUCAUUAUCAAAUGAACAAAUAAGACGUUUAAAGAUUGAUAUUAGUACAACAAGUCCUAAAAUAGUUUUAACAUUAUCAAAUGUUAAAUUAACUGUUGAUCAAGGUAAUUAUCAAUUAAAAAUUCUUCACCUACAAGAACUUCAAUCACAAACAGUUAAUGUUAAAAUUCGACCAAAACCAAUUGAAGUUAUUCAACCAUUACAACCUGAUAAAGAAAAUGUUGUUGAAGAAGAUACACUUGUUCUUUCAACAAAAUUAAAAAAUGUUCCUGAUAAUCCAACAAUUGUUUGGUUAAAAGAUAAUCAACCAAUAUCAAUUGAUAAUAAACGUAUUCGUUCAAUACCAUCACGUGAUGGACAACAAUUUAAAUUAUCUAUUGAAAAUGUUAAAUUAGAUCAAAGUGGAACAUAUGCUUUACAAAUAAAUGAUGAAAUUAUUACUCAAUGUGACAUCAAUAUUAAAUCAAUUCCACUUAAAACUAUUGUACCAUUAAAAGUUCUUGGUACACCAAUUGUUGGUGGUAAUGUUGAACUUCAAAUUGAAUUAAAUCGUCCAAAUAUUCCAUUUGUAUGGUUAAAAGAUGGUAUUCCAUUAGAAAAUCAACCAUCACCAAUAAAAGAUCAAACAAAAUAUCGUUUGAAAUUAUCAGAUUUAAAAUUAGAUGAUUCAGGAGUAUAUUCAAUUAAUUUUAAUGAUGGUGAACUUAAAGAAAAUGUUAAUUUGAAUGUUGCUUUACCAUCAUUUGAAUUUAUUGAACAACUUAAAUGUAUUCCAUCAGAUGAUAUUGAAGAAGAUUCAAAUGUUAUUAUGCAAUGUGUUUUAAAUCGUCCAAUUGAUGAUGAAAAUAUACCAGUUACAUUACUUAAAAAUAAUAAACCAUUAUCAGCAGCUGAUAAUCAACGUGUUAGAAUUGAACGAGAUGGUCCAACAUUAAAAAUUCAUUUAAAUAAUGUCAAAUCUGAUGAUGCUGGUGUUUAUAAAGUAACUGUCGAUAAAACAAAAGAUACCAGUACACGAUUAAAAGUUCAUGAUAAACCAUUAGCAAUUAUUGAACAACUUCAUCUUGUUGAUGCCAAAGAUGAUACUAAUACUGUUAGUGAAAAUUUACCAUUUGAAUUAUUUAUUCGUUAUAAUAAACCAGUGAAAAAUGUUGUUCUUAAUCGUGAUAAUAAACGUGUACCAAUUGAUAAACAUACUCAAAUAAUCUAUGAAAAUAAUUCAACAUCUGUACGAAUUCGUUUUGAUGCUGCACAACCAGAUGAUAAAGGAAAAUAUGAAACAAUUGUUAAAGAUUCAACUGUAACGAAUAAAGAUGGUCUUCGAAGUCAAUCAGUUACAAUUAAUGUUAAACCAUUACCUGUUUUAUUUACAUCUGAUAUUCAAGUAUCAACAUCUGAUAUAAAUAAUAUUCCAGAAAAAAUAGAAUUAAUUUUAACAACAACAAUUAAUCAAGAAAAAGGUAAAAUUAAAUGGUUUUUAAAUAAUAAAGAAAUAAAAGAAGAUCAAAAUCAUAAAAUUAUUGUUAAAAAUUUACAACGACAAUUAAUUAUAAAAUCAACUGUUAUUGCUGAUUCAGGAAUUUAUUCAGCUAAAAGUGAUGAUGAUGAACGAACCGUUGAAUUAACAAUUAAAGUUCUUGAUGAACUUCGUUUUACAAAAGAAUUAACACCAUCAAAUAUAAAUACAGUUGAAGGUAAAGAAAAAGAACUUGUUUUUGAAUGUGAAACAUCAAGAUCGACAACUGUUCAAUGGUUUCAUGAUCAACAAAAAUUAUCACCAAAUGAAUUGAAAAAACAUUAUCAAAUUGAAUCAUUAAAAAAUAAUACAUUACAUAAAUUACGUAUAUUACAACCAGUUACAGCUGAUUCAGGUGUAUAUCGAUGUGUUUUACCAACAAAUGUUGAAACAAGUUCACAAUGUACAAUUGAACCAGCUGGAGUCGAUUUUCUACAACAUUUAGCAACACCUGUACAUGUUGAAUAUAUGAAAAGUGCUCUACUUGAAUGUGAACUUUCUAAACGACCACAAAAUGUUGUUUGGAAAGAUAAACGUGGACAAAUUAUUGAAGAUAGUGAUAAAUAUGAAAUUAUGAAUAAUGGAAAAUUACAAGGUCUUAUGAUAAAUGAUUGUGAUGAAAAUGAUAAUGGUGAAUAUACAAUAACUGUUGAUAAUACUAAAUCAUCAACAGCUGAAGUUAUUGUUGAACCACAUGAAGAAAAAGUUCAAGCACCAUCACAAAAACUUCAACCAGAAGAACCAAUAAAAGGCGGUUUUCGUAAAUUACUUCCUAAUAAAUUAAAUGUUAAUGAAGAUACUGAUUUUAUUCUUGAAUGUGAAGUUAAUAAUCCUAAACAAAUAACUGAUUGGUAUUUAGAUGAUGAUCUUAUUGACGAGCAUACUCCUCGUUUUGAAAUUAUUAAUAAUGGUCCAAUAAGACAAUUAAAAGUUCAUAAAGCCGAAUUAAAUGAUACUGGAAAAUAUACAUGUAAAGAUCGUCAAAGUGGUGAAACAACAAAUAGUGAUGUUGAUGUUGCUAAAGCUCCUAUUCGUAUUAUAAAAGGUUUACCAGAAACAUUAAUUGUACCUCAAGGUAAAAUUUAA